AUGAAUAGCGGUGUUGAAUACAGCAAUAUUCCUGUUUAUGGAAGGAAAAUGUUAAAUGAGUUUGAAAUGGGAAAGAGUGGAGGAGAUAAAGUAGUAGGAAAAAGUAAAGGAAAUGAACAAGGGAAAGGGAAAGAGAGUAAAGAUGCUAAAUUAAAUAAAAAUGUUCAAAAUAAUGCUGAUAAAAAAAGUAAAAAAUUAAAAAACAAAAAGACUCGAGAAGAGAAAUUCACAACUGAUUUGAGCGUGAAAAAUCCUUCUGUUGCACCAGAUGGGCUGAAAGAAGAGGAAAAGAAGGAGUUGAACAAAGCAAGUGAGAAAACAAAAAUUGAAAACAAUAAGGAGGAGGAGGAUGAAGAAAAUUGUGAGGAAGAUGAGUGGGAGGAUGAGGAUGAAAUUAACGGUUUUUUAGUUUUUAAAUUUUUGUAUGAAUAUAAAAAUCCCUUCAAAUUUAUCAAAAAAUCCUAA